GCAGGAUGUAGUUUACUUCGAUCUUUUGAUUUACUUUGUCAUCAAAGUGGGACAGAUACGUUUGCACGGGAUCUGUUUAAAAGCUUUUAGAUUCCUGUGGCAUUAAGGAGAUACAAAUGGGAACUCUGUGUUCAUCAUGCAUUCUACAAAUAAAGGUAAUAAAGAUGCACACAGUCGUAAAACUAACAAAGCUAAAAGCACCCGGGAAAGUGUGAAUGAGCGUCCCGUUGGAGGUGAUUGCUGCAGUCAGAGCAAGAAAUCCAAAAAGGCUCAAAGACCGACUCUGAAUAAUCGCUGCCAGAGUGUACAAGCUGCAGCCAGUAAGCAGAAAGCCUGUCAGCCUGAACAUGAAAAAUCCAGAGAGAUGACUUCCAGAAUGCAGUCGGUCCCUGAGGACAAGGCCAGGAGUUCGAAUCAGGACAGUCGUUUGCUUCCCCAGAUUCCAGCAGGGAUAUUUGCUGCUGAGGAUGAUAAUAGUGAGUUGGAUCUGUACAGAGCAGAAGAAGAAAUAGAACAGGAACAGCAGGAGAAGCACAGAUUAAAACCAGCUUCCUCAGAGGCUUGUGUGGAGGACAAGAACAGCGUGGCCGCUCCUGAGAAUCUGCUCUCCUACAGCGAGAGAGAGUGGAGAGGAAACACCAGCAAAAGCCGUCUAAUUAAAAAGGGUUAUGAAGCAAUAGCUCAGAAGUUCGAGGGGCUGCGCAGAGUGAGAGGCGAUAACUAUUGCGCUCUGAGGGCGACUCUCUUCCAGCUCCUCAGUCAGUCUAAUAAACUUCCUGCCUGGCUGCAAGACCCAGAGCUCAUUAAGGGGCCGAGCCGAGUGCCAUGUGUGCAGGAUCUAGUGGACCAGUGGAGGUUUCCAUUCGGGAGCUACAAUAAUAAAAGUGCAGUGGAGCAGUUGAAACACUGUCUGGAACUUCUGAGAAACAGGUGGCAGGAGGCGGCGGAGUGUAAAACCUCAGCGGAGCAGGAGCGUUUAUGCCAGCGCGUGUUCGUGGGCGACAGUGAGGAAUACGACAUGCUGGAGGCCCUGAAGUUCCUGAUGUUGACCACAGCCGUUCAGCUGCACUCUGACAUGCAGAACGACUCCAGCGUUCCCGAGUUCUGCUGGCUCCUGUUCGCUCGUGACACCUCCAAAUGCCCCAGGAGCUUCCUAACCAAUCAUCUCAGACAUGUGGGAUUUACCGGUGGUCUGGAACAGGUAGAAAUGUUUCUGCUGGGCUACACACUACAGCAGACGCUCCAGGUCUAUCGUCUGUACAAGACAGACACUGAGGAGUUCAUCACCUACUAUCCGGAUGACCACAGAUCGGACUGGCCUCAGCUUUGCCUCGUCACAGAGGAUGACAGACACUACAACGUACCGGUGCCGAAGCCUCAGUCCCUCACCUCUGACAAGUCAGGAGGGCCCAGAUGGAACAAACCUACGUGUGGCUCAAAACCUGCAGACUCCACAUACGUUUAGAGACGAUCACAUGCGUUUUUAAGGGCUCAGGAGUUUUUGGUCUUGUAUCUUUGUUUCUGUUUCACACUGAUAGUGUGAAAUUAUCUGUCUGUUAUUUUAUCUAUUCUAGUUUAUCAGUGUCAUCUACUGUUUUUUUUAUUUAUUAGCAAUUAUUGUACAAGGUAGUUUGUUAACCAAAACAUUUCGCAAGCUUAGCACUGCUACAAUAAAUCACUGCUACUCAAUAUGCAAACUGUCCGAUAUACAAAGUCCUUUUUAUAUACAUACAAAUACACUAUAUGGACAAAAGUAUCAGGACACUAAAAUACUGAGUUUCAGCCACAUCAAUUGCUUACAGAUGUAAUAAAUCAGUUAUAUAAAGGAAAUUAUAUGCUUCCAGCUUUGUAGCAACAGUUUAGGGAAGGCCCUUUGCUGUUGCAGCAUGACUGUGCCCCUCUGCACAAAACCAACUCCAGUGACCUGCACAGAUCACUGACCUCAGCCCCACUGACCAGCUUUGGAAAGAACCGGAACAUCAGCUGAGACUUUUUUGACCGACAUCAGUGGGCACAAAUGGACACAAAUUCCCACAGACAUACUUUAAAGUCUUGUAAAAAGCCUUCUCAGAUGGGUGGCUGUUAUAUUAGCUAAAAGGAUCACAUAUCAUUAUAUCAUUUGUUUUUAAAAUAGGAUGUCCAACAAGCUCAUGGUCAAGUGUUUAAAUACUUUUGGCCACAUGAGUAUUCUAUUUAAAAUAAUUUGCAUGACAUUAUAAGAAACAAUAAUAUUAAUAAACAUGUAACUUAUACAAUUUUAAAUAGUAGCGUACACACCAAUCCUGCUAUACAUUUUAUAAUAUGUACACUGUAUGGCCAAAAGUGUGAAGACACCUAAACAUGAGCUUGCUGGACUUCCUAUCUAUAUGUAGUAAAGUAAUACAUAGUAAACACAUUAUAUGAAUAAUAAUAAUAAUAAUGAUUUACAGUCUUUUUCUUCCCUUAGUGUAUCAUGGGACAGUGUAGGAUCCUUUAAGCUUCAUAUAAUGAUUGCAAUGUCGAAAUCCAUCUGUUACAAAGGGGAUGGAAUUGAAACAGUCUUGAGUAUAGGGGUCUGGGUUUAUUUAAUAUUCAGUUUUAAUACUAAUUAUUUUGUUUUUGUUUUACAGUGGGUCUUUUUUAAGGAAUCUAAAUGUACAUGGUGGUUUGUACCCUGUAUGGCUUUUAUUUGUGUCAAUGUAUUGGUCCAAACAUGAUAUGCUGCACAAAGGAGAAAGAAUUUCUAAUAAAAGUGGCAACUGGUUUAAAGCUGUA